CUCAUGGCAACACAAACAGACAAGCACUAAUGCGACGCCAUCGAGUUAAAAAAGGGUUCAACUUGCAAUUUUAGUCUUUUAAUUUGUAUUGCUCUUUUUUUUGUUUAAACUGUGUUUAGUCUGCAAUGUGUACGAAAAUGAGAACAUUUCAUCCUUUGGCUAAAGGAGAACUGAAAACGGAGGGGUUUACUGUGAAAUCCACCAUGAAGAAUUCAGUGGUGGUGGGCCCUCCAGCUGCAGGGGCUUUCAGAGAGAGGCCAGCUAAACCCACAGCCUUCCGUAAGUUCUACGAGCGUGGAGACUUUCCCAUCGCACUGGAACAUGACUCUAAAGGCAACCGCAUUGCAUGGAAGGUGGAGAUCGAAAAACUGGACUACCAUCACUACCUCCCCCUGUUCUUUGACGGACUGUGCGAGACAGUUCACCCCUAUGAGUUCUUCGCACGACAGGGCAUCCAUGACAUGCUGGAGCAUGGUGGCAGUAAGAUCCUGCCUGUUAUUCCACAGCUCAUCAUACCCAUUAAAAAUGCUCUCAACACGAGGAGCAGGCAGGUCAUCUGCACCACGCUGAAGGUUCUGCAGCACUUGGUUGUAUCAGCAGAUAUGGUGGGGGAGGCGCUGGUCCCAUACUACAGACAGAUCCUCCCUAUCCUGAACAUCUUCAAGAACAUGAACAAAAACUCAGGUGACGGUAUUGACUACAGCCAGCAGAAGAGAGAGAACAUUGGAGACCUGAUUCAGGAGACGCUAGAAGUGUUUGAACGCUACGGGGGCGAGGACGCCUUCAUCAACAUCAAAUACAUGGUGCCCACCUAUGAAUCCUGCCUUCUCAACUAAAUGGAAAGGAGAGCUCACUCACAGAGUUUGUCUUAUAAAAACAUGUAAACACACCCACCUCAAGUUACAAACCUAAUUUUGGACUUUAUUAAAGUCAUAAUGCAGAUGUUAUGAGUCUGUGCACAACGGCUGUCUGUAUCAGCAAGGACGCACACACAUAGUUUCCUGUGAAGAAAAACAGACACGGCUAGCUCGGGGGCCAAUAAAUCUCUCGACUGCAACUAACCUGCAUUUCAUUUUCAGUCUGUGAGGAAUUAUUAAAAGAGAAAGGUAGAAAAUGUGCACAUAUCCAAUACAAGCUGGCCACAGGUACAGGAUACAAUGUUUUGGAUGUAACAAAACUGAAUGGCUAUCAUAAAGAUCUAGAUUUUGAAGAAUUAAUAUCAGAGUAAGAAUUCAUAUAUCUAUAUCUUGAGCAUUUAUAUAUAUGUAUCUCAUCAUAUAAUUUCGACCACAUCUAAAACUUUUACUUGUCUCCAAAAGCUUCAUCUUGCCGCACAAUUUUCUUCCAAUUACAGAUCAUUUUCAGAAGGUCACUGAUCUAAUGUAGCUCUCUUUCCUGAUAUAAUGAACAUUUUCUUGCCUUUUCUUCCAAUUUUCUCAGUGGUUCCUGAAAAAAAAAAAAAAAAAGAAAUAUUGAGACUCCCCUCUGGCUGUUCACUCACCUUCCAACAUUCAUCACCUGAAAUCUCUCUUUUCCCCCCUUUUUAUCUCUUCUACCAGGGGUCUAGCACCUACUGUAACAGAAUAAAUUUGCUCCCAUAAUUACAAUAAUGCAUAUUUCCACUUUGGCUGGAGUUCACGUUCCAGUGUUCAUCUUUCAGCAAAUCAGAGUGAUCAUCACUUAAUUAAUAUUCAGAAGCCAUGGUUGGUAUGCUGAGCCACUGACAGAAAGUAAACCAAUUUAUAUGAGAACUUCAGAAGAGAGGAAAAGUCAUGUUUGCCAAGAAAAUGCAGUUUUAUAUUCAUAGCCAACAAUACUUUCUGUAUAAUUAAUAAACCUUAUUGGCAAACACUAGUGUCUGACAUUAGGAAGUUUAGUUAUUAUGCUUUCAAAAUAUCUCAUAUGAGUGUAUCCGUGGAAACUAGGCAUUUUAUAGGCUUUGAGUUUUUUAAUAUGCCUUUCCACUUUUCAGAUGAUUUCAACACCCCUGCCUCCUGCUUCCUUUAUCUCCUUCUCGCUUUCUUUAUCUAUGUCUAUUCAGGUCAGCUCUUUGUUGGAUAUUUCUGUUUUAUAUUUAAAUUUUUUAAGUCUUUUUUUUUUUCCGGCAGUGGUGAAGCAAACCUACCAAAAGCUAACAUAGAUGAACUAAAAGUCUCUGGUCUUAGCUCUAAAGGUGUUUAUUCCUAAGAAUACACACUUACAUAUACACACAUAUCUACACUCACACUGGAAGGGACCUGAAGGGACAUAGAGAUAAAUACAAAUAACACAUGACAGAUAGCAAGUAUUUAGAUAGCAACAUUAUGUGCUUUUAAAAUCCAUGAACCUGUGUGAGCUGCAGGCUGUGUGCCAGAACACAAUGUCUGAAUGAAACGCUCAUUUAUCAGAGCGCAUACACACACACGCACUCAGUCGGGGGCUUCCCUCAUGCUUAACAGCCUUUACUGUAUCUUAUCCUACCUGUGAAAUCAGAAGCCUCAAGUGUGUGCCAGUUUAUUUCUUUCACCAAAUAGUGAUUUUAUAGCAUAUAAUGUCCUCUGGGUCUUUUCACUUAAUGCUUUUACAAUCAGAUUAAGCAGCCAUCUGUAGAUCUCCUCCUUUCUGGGAUUAUUAGAAGGGCUCUGAGUCCUUCUCUGGACACCAGGCCCCCGUAAUCGCCCCAUAUAUAUUACUUUCUGACGCUAGUGGAUCAUGCAGUCAUAAGAACAUACCGUAACAUGAAGGAUGUGCAGCAUUUCGCCAAAGUAUUUCCUUUAGCAGCUGCUAGGGGGAAAAAAAAUCAGUGUUGGUGUGUUUUUAAAAGUGAGUCCCAUGAGCCGAUGUUUACAGUGAGCUGAGAUUUCUGAAACAUUUGGACUCAGUUCAAUCUGGAUUUGAUCACACGCCUGUAAAUUACAGCUCUGAGCAGACACAAGAGGGAAUUGAGGCCGGAUUUGCCCUCAAAUCAGUUUUACUGCAACAAUCGGGGUCAAUAAAGAAACCCGGAGUCCCAGCUCGAAUCCUAGAAACUGAGAUGGUGAGAGGAAUAGUUUCAGUCAUCAUUUACUCUCUCUUAUUCUUUCAAACCUGUAAGACUCUCUAUCUUCUGUGGGACAUAAAAGAAGAUAUUUUAAGAAUGUGUGAACUCUUUUUUUUUUCAUUCUACAAUGAAAGUCACUGGGUUCCCAGUACAUCUUUUCUUGAGCGGACAGAAUAGAUUGAGACAUAUUUGUUUUAAAAAAGAAAGGUUUGGAAAAGCAUGAGGGAUUUUUUUUUUUUUUUUUUUAACUGUUCUUUUCAUUUGCCUGAUUUGGCUUGGUUCUAAUUGCCUCUCAGGUGAAUUGAUGAAUGAAAUUGGUAUAAAACAAAAAUGGAGAUGUUGAUGAGAAAGCAGAGGGAAGGGAAAACAUUAGAGUGUAAGAAUGCCAGAUUGUUAGGAGCGACAGUGCAGAGGGGAUGGAGGGAGCAGCAGGAAUAAACAGCCCUCUGGGAUCUAUUCUUCUUGUUCAUCGCAUCUGCCAGUGGCCGCAUGAAACCCAACGCCAGCCAGUGAGCAUGUGCAGAGCCCUGAGCUCAAUAGAGAUUUAUUUCAGAGGUGUCCCCCACACCUCUCAACCCCAGACCACCACUCCACAGAACGGACUGAAGCUCUGGUGUUUAUUCCAAAAUUUGACUCAAAAACAUCAUUGAUUUGGACUACUAUUUCCCUCUUAUAGGAUGUGGUGAAGAAAACAAAAACAUGUUACAAAAUGUAACAAGUUGCUCCACCCCUGCCACUUUUCACCAUCCAAUCAUUUUCCUUGUGGACCAAAUCAAAUCAAACUAUAUUAUAAGCUCGUAAAAUAAAGAUUCUGUAAUUAAUACAUCAGAUUGUUGCAGUAAAAUGUGUUGUGUAUGCUAUACAUCAGUGCAUUUUUGCAAUUCUGAACUUAUGUAACAUUUUGUCUUUCGCCAAGCAGCAGAAUUGAGCUGUUUCGUUGAGCAGUCUUUUCUAAUAUCGGUCUGUUUUAAAAGUGAGUUUCUUUAAAGUGGUGCUGGUGUGUAGCGUGUGAGCACAUGGUGUGUUUUGAAGAAGGCUCACAGGAGGCCGAUGGUUUUUCGGCGGGAGACUGGAGCGAUCUUCCUCUCUCUCCAGCACUGAAUCGACUGGGUUCUGCUGUCUGAUCCUCGCUCCUCCUCUACCUCAGCCAGACGCUCUUAUCAGACCAAAACACAUCUGCCGUUGCCCUGCACACACACAAACAAGCACCGUCCUUAUCCUUUUGACCACCGUGAGAACCAAUCUAACACACAUAAACACACAUUCACCUGGAAAUGUAAAAUGUACUUUUAAAACCUGGCUUGUACAUCUUCUGUGAAGUCCUUUGAAAUGCAUUCCAUUUUAAUUAUUUGAUUAAUCACAAAUAUCAAUUCUGCCUCAAAAUAAAUGUUGAUUUAUCAUUUUGUAAAGCUUUUACUUAUUUAUAUUCUGUAUAAAUAAGUACUAUGCUGAUAUAAUCUUAUUUUUUUUAGUUUUAUUAAAAGGAAGAAAUAUUAUUUAAUGUAAUAAUAAAUUCAAAUAAUUGAAACAUAAUUUAAUGAAAACAAGCAAGCAAGCAUGAAUGUCCACCCCUAAACCUAGCCCUCAGUGGAGCAUAAGCACAUAUUACGACAUUCUUAACUAUAGUGAAUACUGUGAUAAUGUGAGAAAUGUUGAAGGUUUCUGUAUACAUUGUGGUUUGACUGAAUAUUUAGAAGAUCUUGACAGUAUAUUUUUGAUUUACCAUGGAAAUUCUUAUGUGUCAUUGACUCAAGUAUGUCUUGGAGAAACUGUGUGUCAGCACGUGAGGUAUAAAGGCCAUGGACCCUGAGUGAAUGAUGAAGGACUGUGAGUUUGCUGUAAUCUUCACUGCAGACCCCUGGGGAGCCGUGAAUGACGUGACGGCCCACGGUGGGAUUAUACUGGGUGGAGAGAACAGGAUCCAUCAGUGCUGUCAGCGCCCCAGUCCAACAAACAACACCCAACAUGUGACUGGCACAUACAAUAAUUUGUGUAUUUAACAGUCAUCAGCAUGUGUUAGGUUUCUACAUGCUUUUACACUCACUCCCAUAAAUACUCAAUGGCACUCAUGCACACACUCUGAGAAAGUCCCACUCUUCGCCUCACCUUAACAAUGUGUGAUUUCUCUCCCUCUCUCUCUCUUUAUUUCACAAUUGACCCAGAUUUCACUCUCUGGUGUUCCUGCUCCCACACAUAAUCGCUUUUGUUUUAUGCUUUUGUAUUAUUUUCAUACUCAAAGCCUUCAAGCUUUCCUCAGACAAAAUAACUCAAGAGUGUCUGUGCUUUGAGGGAGCUCGCGUUAUAUUCCAGACACAGUCAUGCCACCUACUGCUUUUCUAAUCAGCUGCUGGCGCUGACCACGGGAUCAUGACUGAUGCCCUCUCUGAAGCCCCAUCUUCCUCCUGUCUCUGCUGCUUCACAACCACCCGAUUUCACAUUCACUUUUUAUCUGAAGUCUCGUUGAUUGGAUUAAUUGUAGAAUGAAACCCGUGUUAUUAAUAGAGGAGGAAAAUACAGGGUUUGGGCGGGGAUUAAUACUCACACUACAAAACACACACACACACAAUCAGCACGCAGACACGUGUGGCCUGUCUCAGCCUCGUAAAAUGAAAAUGUAUGUGGCAGUGUUGAUAAGAGUAAGAUUCUUAUCUAAGACCGAGAUAAAUGCUCAAUCUUUUGUGCUGCCUUCAGAAAUUGGUGAUUUUUUUUUCAGUCUGUUAUACUAAGAAGGUGAUGCAGCUGAAAAAUGAGAUUAAAGAAAGAAAGGAUGAUGAAUCAAGUGAAUAGGAGGAUGCAUGGUGAAUCAUAUGGAAAUAUUUGUUUAUGGAACAAACGAGGAGGUCUGUAACACUUGGAUCAUUCCCAUAUAUGUAAAAAUGCAUAUUGCAUUCAGCAUUUUUGCUCAUGUGCAUCUGGAUAUUAUUUGGAAUCAAUCACUUUGGAAUCAUAAAAUACAUUUUGGGAGAAAAAAAAGAAAAAUCACCGCAGUGGUACCUUUUCAAAAGUGUACCUUAUUUACCGCUAAACAGGUACAUUUAGUACCUAAAUGCUACAUAUGGGCAUAUUGGUACCUUUCAACAGGGCUCUGUCCCAGCAGCUUAUACCUUUUUUCAGAGUGUAUCAUAACAUAUCUCCUCAGCUGAGCAUGAAGUCCCAAGCUGAUAUAGCGUCUGUUCAAAUUUGUCUUCCAUACUGAUGAAUUUGAAACUGUAAUUGGAGAUGUUAUAUUCAUUUUUACCAUUAAAAUGUUUUACCUUUUAAUCUC